GCGAGUGACAGAGAACAGCCUGCGUGCAUGCGUUACCAUGGUGACCUGGAUGAACUGGUCUGGCGCGCUGUGGUGCAGGCUGGGAAAGAGGGAGUUUUGACUGAGCAGUGGCGGUAACUCAGGGUGAUCUCUGCAUGGUGCCUGGUGUCAGUAUAUAUAUUAUAUAUAUGCAACAUGAGGAGAUCAGGAGCCCCAAGUCAGCGUCUAUCGGGGAAUCUUACAAAAAAGCCUCGCUUUAUAUCGCCUCUUAAAGUCACUUCAUAUUCUGAUAAAGUUGCUGAAAUUGUGACUACAACUCUGAAGCCCAAGAAUGACUCUCUGCCUUCCGGGGUCUUGGCAAGGACUGGCGGUGUGAGCACAAAGUCGACAACUAUUGAGGAGACUAAACCGUUUGCAGUCCCGGCUCACAAGUUUGCAGUGGCUGCUGCUUCAAAGUUUAGACCGUUAGCAGCUCCUUUGCAUGUAAUAAAUCAGGAUACACAGCCUAGAAAUGAGGAGGAAGGAGAAAGUGCCCCCGUGAUGUAUUUCAGUGUGGUUUGGUGUAAGGCGUCUAAGAAGAAGCACAAGAAAUGGGAAGGUGAUGCUGUCCUCAUUGCCAGAGGGAGAUCUGUGACAUUAAAGGACAUGGAAGGCAAAGAUAUAGGAAGAGGCUCUGGAUAUAAGCUGAAGGAUCUGGAGAACUUGGAAGAAGGCCACACUUUGAUGAUUGGUGGGAAAGAGAUUGAAGUGAUGGGUACAAUCUUGGCAGAGGAUUACAACAGCGGCAGAUGCUUCCACACUGCAGGAAUGGCUCCCAACCAGACAGAUUCAGAUUUCAUCCACCUGAAACCAUUCAGCAAUCCAUUUAAAAAUGUCAGCAACAAAGAAACCCUAUCAAGAGAGCUUCAGAUCUGCAAACCGCGGCAUGACCCCACACUACCAAACUCCAUAGUGAUGCCCAGACCAUCCAUUCAUCACCAGCAGUUGUUCAAUAAGCCUGGCUUACCUAUAGUAGACGUUGUAGUGGAUCCAUACGUGUCUGUUCAUCUAAGACCCCAUCAGAAAGAUGGAAUCUUGUUUCUGUAUGAAUGUAUAAUGGGAAUGAGGGUAAAUGGUCAGUUUGGAGCCAUCCUCGCUGAUGAGAUGGGUUUAGGUAAAACUCUUCAGUGCAUCUCUCUGAUCUGGACUCUUCUUCGUCAAGGUCCAUAUGGAGGCAAGUCCCUCUUAAAGAGAGCUCUGAUUGUCACUCCAGGGAGCUUGGUGAAGAACUGGAGAAAAGAGUUCCAGAAGUGGUUGGGAACAGAGCGAAUGCGAGUCUUUGCAGUGGAUCAGGAUCACAAAGUGGAAGAGUUCAUCAACUCUCCCCUGUAUUCAGUACUCAUUAUCAGCUAUGAGAUGUUACUACGCUCUUUGGAACAAAUACAAAGCCUGGCUUUUGAUCUCAUCAUCUGCGACGAGGGUCACCGUCUAAAGAACAGUUCUAUAAAAACGACUUCUGCGCUCAGCAGUUUGUCGUGCAGCAAAAAAAUUAUCCUAUCAGGCACUCCGGUACAGAAUGACCUUCAGGAGUUCCAUGCAUUGAUUGAUUUUGUAAAUCCAGGAAUACUUGGCUCAUCGUCCUCAUACAAGAAAAUAUAUGAAGAGCCUAUAAUUCGAUCCCGAGAGCCUACAGCAACUAAAGAAGAAAAAAAAUUAGGAGACGAAAGAGCCUCAGAACUUGCCCGUCUAACAGGCCUGUUUAUUCUCAGAAGAACACAAGAGGUCAUUAAUCAAUUCCUCCCUCCCAAAAUUGAAAGCAUAGUCUUCUGCAAGCCAUCCUCGUUUCAGCUUGAUUUGUACCGAAAGCUCCUGAACUCUCGGAUUGUUAGGUCCUGUCUGCAAGGCUUGGGGGAAGGCGGCUCCCACCUGGUGUGUAUCGGGGCACUGAAGAAACUUUGUAAUCAUCCGUGUCUGCUUUAUAAGACUAUCCAGGAGAAGAGCACAAAUCCGGACACUGAAGAACAGAGCUUCUAUGAGAGUUUAAUUCAGCUCUUCCCCCAUGAUUAUAAUGCCGGUAAACUCUCAGAGUCGGAGUCUGGAAAGCUGCAGGUGUUAACAAAACUGUUAUCGGCGAUAAGAGAACACAGUCCAUAUGAGAGAGUGGUUCUGGUGUCUAAUUAUACCCAAACGCUGAAUAUAUUACAAGACAUGUGUCAGCAGCAUGGGUACAAGUGCACCAGGCUGGACGGACAGACGCCAGUUACCCAUAGGCAGCAGAUUGUGGAUGGAUUUAACAGCAAAUAUUCGUCAGACUUUAUCUUCCUACUUAGCUCCAAAGCUGGCGGGGUGGGACUGAACUUGAUUGGAGCGUCUCACUUAAUUCUCUAUGAUAUUGAUUGGAAUCCUGCUAAUGACAUACAGGCCAUGGCUCGUGUGUGGAGAGAUGGUCAGAAGCACACUGUACGCAUCUACAGGUUUCUAACCACAGGCUCCUUAGAGGAGAAGAUCUACCAGAGGCAGAUCAGUAAACAAGGCCUCUCCGGGGCUGUGGUGGAUGUGGCCAGGAAAUCUCAACAUAUCCGCUUUUCUGUGGAUGAGCUCCGAGACCUCUUCUCUCUGCAGGAGGAGUCAGACUGCAUUACUCACGACCUGCUGGAAUGUGACUGUGUGCAGGCAACGCACCAAUCAGGUAGCCCCGCCGAGAAGCAGUUAAUACCCAGGAGUUGCCAGCUUGGCAUGCACCCUGAGAAGCCGGAUAAGAACAUCUCCAUGUCUGAGCUGAUGCAGUGGAAACACUUUUCCAUGCAGCACAGCUUUGAUGACCCUUAUCUACUGCCAGGAAGAGAACACAUUUCUUUUGUUUUCCAGAGCACUACAAACAGCCAAACAGCAAGUACGUGAAGUGUCGUCAGAGGUGUACUAACGCUUUAUCACCUGGAACGCCGGCUCCUGCGUAUAUAUAACAUGGUGUUGUCUCAAUGCAUUCUGCACUGACAUGCUGACUGAUGACUUACUGAGCUGCCUUGGUCUAGGAGGAGAUUAGUGACUGCUUACAGGGGGUAAUUCUGAGUUGAUCGCAGCAGCAAGUUUGUUAGCAAUUGCACUGCAGGGGGGCAGAUAUAACAUGUGCAGAGAGAGUUCGAUUUGGGUGGAUUAUUUUGUUUCUGUGCAGGGUAAAUUCUGGCUGCUUUAUUCUUACACUGCAAUCUAGAUUCCAGUUUGAACACACCCCACCCAAAUCUAACUCUCUCUGCACAUGUUAUAUCUGCCCCCCCCUGCAGUGCACAUGGUUUUGCCCAACUGCUAACAAAAUUGCUGCUGCGAUCAACUUGGAAUGACCACCACAGAGUGCCACACCGUUACUGUAGCUGUACGUGUAGUGCACCAAUCUCUGGUUGUAAUGGAGUGCAACGUGUGUAAGGCCAGAAUGAUCAUGGGUGCAGUAGUCUUGUAGUAAGGGCUACAAAGCUUGCAGCAAGCCAUCAUAUUAUAUAUAGGUUUAAUUCCGGCAACUCGAUAUACUCAUUGUUACAGAAUUUAAGCUUUGUUUUGAAAGAAGUGUUAAUGCUAUAAUGUUAGCAAUACGGUUCUUCAUUAAAAGUCUCCUACAAUA